GCAGCCUCAACGCCUCAGGAGACUGACGCUAGCGUAUCUACGACUUUUCAUAAAGCUUCUUCUAUAAACAGGAGGACACGCAGAACGAGAGCAGAUUGGUUAGUGCAAUCGAAGUGACCGGAGAGGUAGAGUGCAAAGGAAAUCACCGACUUCUACAAUAAAAAAAAAAGUAGUUGGAUAAUUCUACAGGGGGAAAAAAGUUUCGUCAGGUCAAGAAACCUUUCCAAAGUUGAGAUGACAAAAUUUCCGUGCUUCAACCUUAUCAUGUGUUAUCUACUACCGAUUCUCGGCACAACUAUUCAGAAGCAUAUUGAAGAUUGGGAUCUAGAACCUGAUUUCACGGAUCCAAUUCCGAAUGUGACAGUAUCCGUGGGACAUGACGCCGCCAUUCCCUGCACUGUGGAAAACCUGGGUUUUUACCGGGUUGCAUGGUUGAGGGUUGAGAGCAAGACUAUUUUGACAAUUCAUCAUAAUGUCAUCACGAGAAACUACAGGGUUAACCUCAGCUAUACUGACCAGAAGAAAUGGAUCCUUCACAUUAAAAACGCACAGGAGUCAGAUCGAGGUUUCUACAUGUGUCAAAUCAACACCGUUCCCAUGAAGAGUCAGAUAGGAUACUUGGAUGUAGUUGUCCCACCGGUGAUUGUUGAUGGCGAGAGCAGUUCAGAUGAGCUGGUUAGAGAAGGAUUUAACAUUACCUUAUCAUGCCGAGCUAAAGGCUACCCCACCCCAACAGUCACGUGGAGGAGAGAAGACGGGCAACCAAUCGGGCAAAAUAAGAAAAAACAGAAAAAGACAUAUGAAGGGAUGGAUCUGAGUAUUACCAAAGUGAGUCGACUUCACAUGGGGGCCUACUUGUGUGUCGCUUCCAACGGAGUGCAACCGUCGAUAAGCAAGCGUAUCCUUCUGCAUGUUCACUUUCCUCCAAUGAUCUCGAUUCCCAACCAGUUAGUUGGAUCUCCAAUAGGGGGCAGCGUUAAGAUGGACUGCCACACCGAGGCCUUCCCAGCCUCUAUCAAUUACUGGACGAAACAAGAGGGUGAGAUGAUUGUGGACAGUAAGAAGUAUACUGUCAAAAAGGAAGAAGAGACCUACAAAGUCCACAUGAUAUUGAUUAUAAACACCGUAGAAUCGGAAGACUUCGGAGCUUUCCGAUGUUUCGCCAAAAACUCUCUGGGCUCAACGGAAGGUUUAAUUCGGCUGUAUGAAAUUCACCUUUCACCAUCCCAGCAUGCAUCAACAGCCAGGAUACAGAGUGUGGGAGGUGACGAAGAACAGCCGAAGAAGCAAGCAGACAGAAAACUAGAUAUCAACACUCAGGAAACCGCAAGGCGAAUGCAAGGUGGGAAAUUCAACUCGCCGAACGUAUCAGAAACAAGAGAACAAGGAUCCUUUGCAAGUCCACCUCUUCAGAAUUUUCCUGAUAAACAGAGUGGUUCUUCGAGGCCCAAGUUGGAUUUUACCUGUCACUUCGGUUAUGGGUUCAUGCUUUGCUUUAUGACCGAACUUCUGCUGUUUCUACCCACCAAAAGAUGACGGGUGGCUAGAAUCUGUGCUCCUGAUGGUGCUCGUGUCACUUGGUUAUGGGCAAAGUAGCCUUUAUGAUCUCAGAACUCUGCUCUUUACAUACGGAGAUACGUGGAUCCGAGCCAAAUGUAAAAAAAUAAAUAAAACUUGUAGUGUUUCUUGUCGUGGGAAUAUAAACAGUCUACGUAUGUUAUUUAGUCCAAAAAAAUGAAUGAUUUUUUAAGCUUAUAAAGACAGUUGUUAGUUCUCAUGGUAAUAUUCGUUGGGUAAAAAUAGCAAUGUGCUUGGAUAUCACUGCUACAAAUUCAGACAUUUUGGAGAGUUGUUUAUUGAAAUAUACUGUAUUACUGAAACUGUUUAUUGUAAAAACACUUCUUCGCUAGUAAGAAAAACAAUAAGUUGAAUUAUUUGGUGAAAGAAAACACUUUCUGAAACGAUUACCAUGGAGUAAGAAAACCGGUAGUCGGUCGUAUUGAAGUGUACAUUAUACAUCAGAAUUAAAUGUUGAUAAAUUUGAGUUAGAGAUUGUGGAUAACACAAGCCCCGUACCUUUAGCUUAUAGGUAGUAGGGUGUAAUUUGGAUAUUCAAAUGUAUUGUUUGUUUGUAUUAUAUGCCAUUAACCACUGCUAAUGUAAGACAUUAUCAUAAUUUAAUGUUCAAUUGAAGAUUGUAUAAUGUAAUUGUCAGUUAUCGUCA